AUGUUCUAGCAUUACAAAAGUGAAUAUAUCUACCACAUGUAACAUAAUAAUAAUGCAAAAGAAAACCACAGACAGUUUGCGGGGGGUUGUGACGCCCAGCCGGAACAGCCAUACCUAUGCAAAUUAGCUCAUGACGAGACGAGAGCUUUAGCCUUACGGAAGCCAUUGACGUAUACAGACACAUGCGAGAAAGGAGCGAGAGAGUUUACCGCAAAUCUAGAGCGUUUUAAGCAAAAGUAUGGAUGCGAUUGUCCCGGAGUCGUACAAUCCACACCUUAAGAGAGUACUGAAAUGUUAUCAGGACGCAGCGAUACGCAGUUUGAGCGGCCCGAGCGGAUACACGGCCGCGUGGAAUCCAGCGAAACUGACAAGCGCGGAUCACGUCGAACUGGAGAAGUACAGAAAGGCGGUCACGGAAGCCUUAAAACAGGAGCGUACACUAGUGAAAUGUGAGUAUGACUCUGUGUACGCUUCCCCACCCUUUCCUGUUCAAUCCAUGCCCGUAUUCACCCCCAUAGACGUUGCCAAGGGCGAGCGAUCGGAUACGGUGUUGGAAGGGGAGACCAUUGCUUGUUUCGUUGUAGGUGGAGAGAAACGACUCUGUUUACCGCAAAUCCUAAACACAGUCCUUCGGGACUUCAGCCUUCAGCAGAUCAACAGCGUCUGCGAUGAGCUGCAUAUUUACUGUUCGCGCUGCAGCCUGGAGCAGCUGCAGAGCCUGAAAAUGGGAGGGAUCCUCCCCUUUCCCGCACCAAGUUGCGGACUGAUCACAAAAACGGACGCGGAGAGGCUCUGUAACGCUCUCCUGCACCGUUCACCAGAGCGCACAGGCGAGCCGCCCUCCCCCAACAGCUUUAAGGUGUACCACGAAUGUUUCGGGAAGUGCAAGGGGAUUUUCAACCCCGAGAUGUACACCUCGCCGGAUUCCCCUUGCAUCGAGUGCUGCGACUGUCACGGACUGUUCAGCGUGAUGACAUUCGUGGGGCACUCGCACAAAGCCCUGGAGAAUAGGACCUGUCACUGGGGGUUCGAUUCUGCCAACUGGAGAUCCUAUCUGUUGUUGUCCAAGGACCAAGAGUGCAAGGACAAGUUACAGAGUAUCCUGGAGAGAAUGAAAGAUCGAUUCAAUACAAGCCUCAAGAGAAAAGAGGGGUUGUCCGAGGAGAAAGAGGCCAAAAAGACAAAGUAUGAUGAAGAAAUUGUCAGCCCAAGCCAGGAGGUUGGUCUGUCAUCAUCGUGGGCAGAUGUCCGCCAUCCUGGACACAUGUCUGCAUUCAGGCCAUGGUCCCCCAAUGUUCUGAACCUGUUAAAAGAGGGAAAGGGACUGCCUGCUCCACCAGCACUGAUGAGGGAGAGUGGAGUGAGGGCUGCGCUGCCAUCUUAUCUCCACACGGGGCCACCAAUAUUGCUGAACCCAGAGAGAGUGGUGCCACACUACCAGUCGAGCAGGUAUGAGCCCCACUUUGCCCCCAAUGUGUCCUUGGCACCCCUGGCCAAGAAAAAGGAAGACGAAGAGGGGGAAGAAAAACUGGUGAAAGAGGAAGAAAAAGAUGGAGAUCUGGCCCUGUCAACAACAGAUACUGAUGACUCAGCAGUUUCAGAGCCAUCAACCCCAACAGAGACUGGGGAUAGGCGAGUGACCACAAUGGAAACAUUUGAGAGCUCUUUAGAGAGGGAGGUAGAAAUGAUGAAGAAGGCGCUGGAUGGGGAAGUCACCAAUAAAGAAAAGUAUUUAGAAGAGUUUGAGGAGAUACAUAAAAAGAUGGAGACUGAUUUUAGUUCUGCAUUGGAGAGCAAAAAGAGACUUCAACAGGAGCUGGAAUUCCUGAGACUGUCCAACAAACAAAAACUCCGAGAAUUGUCUGCAGCGAAGAAAAGCCUGCACAAAGAGCUGCAAGCAACUCAAGAGGAGCUUGCUAAAGCAUGGGAAAUGGCUAAAGCUCGAGAAGAAGAACUCCAACAAGAGAUCAGCUUUUUGAGACAGCAGCAACAAGAAAAUUUUGAUCCAUCCAAGGUAUAUAAAUGA